AUGGAUUACGGCAUGACGGAUCAACAAAUGGAUUGCGCGCUAGAUCUGAUGAGGAGACUUCCCCCACAACAGAUUGAGAAGAACCUUAUCGAUCUUAUCGAUUUGGCACCGGCCCUAUGCGAGGAUCUGCUGACCUCGGUAGAUCAACCACUGAAGAUAGCGAAGGAUAAGGAAACGGGCAAGGACUACCUGCUGUGUGAUUACAAUCGCGACGGUGAUUCCUACCGUUCGCCCUGGUCGAACACGUACGACCCUCCGCUAGAGGAUGGUUCAAUGCCGUCAGAGCGGCUACGCAAGCUGGAAAUCGAAGCAAACCUUGCGUUCGAUCAGUACCGCGAGAUGUACUACGAAGGAGGCGUAUCGUCGGCCUAUCUGUGGGAUCUUGAUCAUGGGUUUGCUGGUGUAAUUCUGAUCAAAAAAGCUGGCGAAGGCAACCAGAAGACGAAGGGCUGCUGGGAUUCGAUCCAUGUCGUGGAGGUGCAGGAGAAAAGUUCCGGACGAACAGCGCACUACAAGCUAACGUCGACCGCGAUGCUGUGGCUGCAGACUAACCGACAGGGCUCCGGUACGAUCAACCUCGGUGGAAGCCUCACCAGACAGAUCGAACAAGAUGCACCAGUGAGCGAAACCAGCCCCCAUAUUGCCAACAUCGGUCGUAUUGUCGAGGACAUGGAGAACAAAAUACGCAACACACUAAACGAGAUCUACUUCGGCAAAACGAAGGACAUCGUUAAUGGGUUGCGAAGUAUUCAGUCGCUGGCCGACACAAAUCAGCAGGCGACGAUGAAGAAGGAUCUAGCGGCAGCGCUGCUACGACGAACUGGCAAGAGCGAGAACUGA